AUGAAUGACACCAAGGCCCCCAUCACUGAGCAGCCAGCUGCCCAUGCUCAACCACAACCUACAUACAUGAAGUACAAGGAGCAAACUGGUACCGAGGAGUGGAACAAUGAUAUCUGGGACUGCUUCAAGGGAGCUGAUAAUCUCUGCCUGAAGGCAACUUUCUGCUCUUGCUUUGUAUAUGGACGAACCCAAGCUCGCUUGAGAGAUCCCACACUUGCUGGAUAUGAGAGAAUCAACAAUGAUUGUCUCAUGUUCGCCGGUCUGAACUGCUGCGGUUUGGGAUUCAUUCUCGAAUUUCUCAAGCGCUCCGAAAUCCGCGCCAAGUACGCCAUCCGCGGCGACGCCUUGACCGACGGUCUCCUCUCUUUCUGCUGCGGCUGCUGUUCGAUUAUCCAGGGUGAGAAAGAGGUGAUUGGUCGUCAGCAGGCUGCUGGUCUCAAUCAGGGAUAUACUGCACCACAGGGGAUGCAUGCUGCUCCUCAGUAA